AAACCUCUUAAUCUUAGCUCGAAUCCGAUCGAUCUGAAACGGAGCUAUUGAACUAGGGUUUGAUUAACGCCGCCGCGGAGGCAGUAAGCUCGGAGACUGAAAUCAAUGGCGGCGGCGCUGCGGAUUCUUCGAGCCAAAUACACUUCGGCGGUAACCGUAGGCCACCGCUUUACGCGGCUUCUCACCAUUCAACACGAUUCUUCUUUAUCUUACGACUCAUCAGCCGAAAUCCCUCUGCUACAGAAGCUUCUUAAAGCACCGCUUUCAACGAUCAAAUCAACACUCGAUUCUGAGUUCAGCUCCGACGCGGCCGAGUUCCCCUGCGCCGCUCUGCUUUCUUCUCUCAACACAUCCGCUCCGCAGAAAGCUUAUUUGAUUAUCGAAUGGAAACUAGAGAAGUUGAGAAACGAUGAUGCAAAAGAUGUCACUAGUUAUGCUCGAUUGAUAUCGUUGUGCGGGAGCAUCAAAAACCUCCAUUUAGCACUGCUUGUGUUUUCAUCAAUGGAGGAACAAGGAAUUAUUCCAGCUUCUCCAGUUUUUAAUGCCCUAAUAUCAACAAGCUUAUCCUCGGGUAAUUUGAUCACAGCAUUGAGCUUAUUUGAGAUAAUGGAGGGCUCGGAGAGCUACAAACCUGAUGAAGACACCUACAACGCCUUCAUCUCUGCGUAUGCAAGCAUGGGAAACAAGACUGCAGCGGAGGAUUGGUUCAAGGCUAAGAUGGAGGCUGGAUUUCCUGCUGAUGCUCAGGCAUAUGGUUCCCUCGUGCAUUGCUGCAUCAAACUGAGGGCUUAUGAGGAUGCUCGGAGAUAUUUUGAGGAGAUGAUGUUUGAAGGUAUAUUGCCUGAUGAAUCAUCGGUUGUUCAAGACGUGCUGCUGAUGUUCUGUCGGCAGAGAAACUCGCAAAGGGUGAAGGAGGUUUUGAAGUUUGUCAGGUGGCGGAUUGAUUUGAAUGUGUGUAAGAAGGUUGUGGAUUUGUAUCGGGAGCUAGGGUUGGCAGGAGAUCUGGAAGAGCUAUUGGUGGCCUUGUCAGAGUCGGGCCAGAGUUCAGAAGCUCGUUCUGUGGUUCACUGCGCGUUGAUGAGAAUGUAUGCGGAUAGGGAUAGAUUGGAUGAUGUUGAGUACUGUGUGGGCCGAAUGCUGAAGGAUGGCGUCUCGUUUAGCUGUGAUGAGGAUGUUGAGAAGGUGAUAUGUUGCUAUUUCAGGAGGGAAGCUUAUGAUAGGCUCGACAUGUUCUUGGAACGUGUGAAACAGCAUUCGUAUAAGCUCACGAAAACAGCUUAUGAUCUGCUGGGAGCUGGCUACCGGCGUGCGGGCCUGUUGGAGAAAACGAACGACGUGGUGAAUGAGAUGAAACGCACCGGUUUUCUCUAGAUUUUUUACUCGAUUCUUAGAUGAAACCGUUGCUUAUUGCAGUUUUGGGAUCGUUUGUGUUGAUGGAGCAGAAACUACAAAUUUGGAUUGGAUAAACAUGAGUAAAUAGGAACUAUAUAUGUAUGACUGCUUCAGUUACAUUUCCACAUAUUCUCUAGCAUCGGAGAUGGGUAUGGAGUUACCCAUUCUCGUCUACCUCGUGUGCGCCCAUCAACGACCUAGCCUCUAACUCGUCUGCAGUCGGGUUCGAGCCGGACCCUGCCUUGUCUGCAGGCAUGCAAGACUUGAACCAGUCCAUCCAGGGAAGGGCUUCUUCCUGCUGCUCGACCCACGAGAGAAAGCAGCUGUCGAGCAAGCAAAAGAUGUUGACGUAGAGGAGUUGAUACUCGACAGGCACAAAUCUGAAGUUGGCAAUCUGGACGAACGGCCACAUGGUCCCCUCGAGGAUGACGGCCGGGAUGAAGUCGCGCCUCAGUUCCUCCUUCACUUGGGAGACAGAUUUCCCGGACAUGAACCCCAUGUAGGUGAAGAAGAGGAGCAAGUCCAUCGGCCCAAAGAUCGUCACGUCCAGAGCCACUUUCAUCGCGAUGAAACAGAACGAUCUCGGGUGUAGCUUCAGGCGCAGCGUGAUGAAGCUGUCCAGCCAACCAUACCUGUGUUCCGAUGACCAAAAUUACAACUAGAAUCGAUGACCAAAAUUACCUGCGAUGGGACGAGAGUGUACGGACCAGAGGUGGCCGACGGGGCCCACAAAUCCGAUACCAAACAAACUCGUCUUAGCAACUCGCUUCCAAUUAAUGUGGAAACGCUCCUUUUCUUCAUUCUGCAAAUAUUCAUUUCAAAGGUAAAACCUAUCUGAAAUGUUGAGGAGAUUAAAUGUAAAAAUGCAUGAAUUUCUCCAUCUUUUAUUAAAUGAAAACCCAACUUUCUAUA